UUUGUUUCUGAUGAGAGUCAAGACUGUGUCUUCCUUUGCACUAACGCUCCAUAUUGAACACAUGUUUGGUACCUUUGUGGCAUGUAAUUCAUGUUUGUUUAUUGGUUUUAUACACAUGUUUGGCAGUUUGGAGGAAUGUGAUUCUUGGUUUUAUAUUUGUUUUAGCCAUAUGUUUAGUAUUUUUGUGGAAUUAGAUUCAUGGUCAAAUAUUGGUGUUAUACUUAUGUUUGGUAUCUUUGUGGGAUAUGAUUCAUGGUUGCAUAUUGGUUUUAUACAUAUAUUGGGUAUCUUUGUGGGAUGUGAUUCAUGGUUGUAUGUUGGUUUUAUACAUAUAUUUGGUAUCUUUGUGGGAUAUGAUUCAUGGUUGCAUAUUGGUUUUAUACAUAUAGUUGGUAUCUUUGUGGGAUAUGAUUCAUGGUUUUAUAUUGGUUUUAUACAUAUAUUGGGUAUCUUUGUGGGAUAUGAUUCAUGGUUGCAUAUUGGUUUCAUACAUAUAUUUGGUAUCUUUGUGGGAUAUGAUUCAUGGUUGCAUAUUGGUGUUAUACUUAUGUUUGGUAUCUUUGUGGGAUAUGAUUCAUGGUUGUAUAUUGGUUUUAUACAUAUAUUGGGUAUCUUUGUGGGAUAUGAUUCAUGGUUGCAUAUUGGUUUUAUACAUAUAUUUGGUAUCUUUGUGGGAUGUGAUUCAUGGUCAAAUAUUGGUUUUAUACAUAUAGUUGGUAUCUUUGUGGGAUGUGAUUCAUGGUUCUAUUCUGAUUUUACACAUAUGUUUGGUAUCUUUGUGGGAUAUGAUUCAUGGUUUUAUAUUGGUUUUAUACAUGGGUCAUUCUCAAAAAAAGGCCAAAUUCAUGCUAUGAAAAAUAUGAAAAUACAAAGCAUCAUAUUGAAUUAUCUCUUUAUUGUUUUGAAUGGUCAACACAUUAAAAAAUGCAGUCAUGAUAAUUUGCACACAGGAAAGUAACAAAAUAUUUUUAAAAUUAACUUUUUAAAGUAUCCACUGAAAAAAACCUGUCAGUGGUGUAACAAGCAUAAAAGUAAUUUUUUUCAAACUUUGAUGUGAGAUUAGGAAUUUUUCACUUUUGUCACUAUUUACAAACUAUUUUUUU